GGUAAGGGCAAUACGUCUUCAAGCGAUGGCCACAAUCUUGUCUUCCUCUCCACUUGCUUGAAACCGACAAAAAUCGCCACCAUAAACCCUAUUUUAUCUUCGCGCCUGCAGCGAGGAGUCACUCUCUUCAAGCUGGGUCGAUUAGCUUCGCUUAUGGCCAUGGGGGUUUCCUUCACCUCCCACAGCAACCCUCUCCUUCGCCACUUAUCUCCUUCCCCUUUCUCGCCUUUUCGUUCUUCCUUCUUCCUCGUGCCUUGCCGUAAAACCCUUCAAAGGAGAUUAGCUUCCACAGAAGGGAGUGUUGGGUAUUCGACCUCCACAGUUUGUCAUGGAUUCCAAAACCCGGUUCAUCAGCGGCCAUCUUCUGUUGUGUUCAAUGGAGAGUGGAUACUUCUGUCGGAGCCUAACAGGGCAAGGAUGGUUCCAAAGACGAACAAAGUUGGGAACCAGACAGAAGUUGGAGAAACCGUGAACCAUCAAGUUCCUGGAACUGUAAGUGCUUGGAGGGACGAAGCAAAUAAGUUUAGAGCAAGACAUGGCCAAGUUGCUACUAGAAACCUCGAUGAUGCUUCUUAUUUCAGCGGCUCAUCCAUCCCAGUUACUCCACCUAGCGCCCCUUCCUAUGGAAGAACCUCUCAGAAGAUUGAUUAUGGAGUCAAGCCUAGAGGUAAUAACAGUACUUCUGCUACACUCCAUAAAGAAUCGAUUGGCGUUAUGCAGUCUGAACCUGUUGUGACGUCGCCAAACAAGAACUUGGAGGUUGUGAGGCUUCAAGGAGAUGGAAAACCAAAACCUCUUGUGAGCGGAAAGGCGUCUGGUAAAGCAAGCAAUGUGAAUCCAGUUACCAUUUCCAAAGUGGAGAAAAGCAACGAACCAUCGAAAGUCCGAGCAAACCUAAGGAGAAUAUAUGACAAGGUUGUUGUUGUUGAUACUGUGCCGGCUGCGAGGAAUGUGGUGGCUAAGCUUGUGGAUCAAUACAGGAAUCUUGUUCACUCUUGUGAUACAGAGGUGUCCGAUAUUGAGGUGAAGGAUGAAACACCUGUAGACCAUGGCAGACUGAUAUGUUUUAGUAUCUAUUGCGGGUCAGAUGCAGAUUUUGGGAAUGGAAAAUCUUGCAUCUGGGUAGAUGUUCUUGGUGAAAACGGCAGGGAGGUUUUGGCCGAGUUUAAACCUUAUUUUGAAGACUCAUCCAUCAGAAAAGUGUGGCACAACUACAGCUUUGAUAGCCACAUUAUUAGAAACCAUGGAAUUGAGCUUUCUGGAUUUCAUGCUGACACAAUGCACAUGGCGAGACUGUGGGAUUCCGCGAGACGGACAGAGGGUGGUUACUCGCUUGAAGCGCUUACAAGCGACCCAAGAGUUCUUGGGGGCACACAGACAAAGGAGGAAGCAGAUUUCCUCGGCAAAAUUUCGAUGAAGACUAUUUUUGGGAAGAGAAAGCUGAAGAAAGACGGAACAGAAGGGAAAAUAAUUGUCAUCCCUCCGGUUGAAGAGCUUCAGCGAGAAGACCGAGAGGCUUGGAUAUCGUACUCUGCCUUGGAUGCAAUAAGCACGCUGAAGCUUUACGAGAGCAUGUCAAAGAAACUGCAACUAAAAGAAUGGCGUCUUGAUGGAAAGCUACUCUCAGGAAGGACAAUGUUGGACUUUUACCAUGAGUUCUGGCGACCCUUUGGUGAGCUUCUUGUCAAAAUGGAAGCGGAAGGGAUACUUGUGGAUAGGGACUACCUGGCUGAGAUUGAGAAAGUAGCCAAAGCAGAGCAGCAAGUCGCUGUGAGUAGGUUUCGAAAUUGGGCGUCUAAGUAUUGCCCCGAUGCAAAAUAUAUGAACGUUGGCAGUGACACACAAUUGCGUCAGCUCUUCUUUGGUGGCAUUUCUAACAGUGAGAAUGAUGAGGUGCUUCCGGUUGAAAAGCUUUUCAAAAUUCCAAACAUUGACAAGAUUAUUGAAGAGGGCAAAAAGGCACCUACCAAGUUCAGAAACAUCAAGUUGCAUAGGAUCAGCGAUACCCCAAUCUCAACUGAAACGUUCACUGCCAGUGGUUGGCCCUCUGUUAGUGGGGUCACUUUGAAAACCUUGGCUGGGAAAGUUUCUGCUGGGUACGAUUUUAUGGAGGAUGUUACAGAUACAAGUGCAGAAGAAGAUGAUGAUGCUCAGCUACUAGAACAAGCUUCAGAAGCGCAAAAGGCCAAGACGGAUGUUGACACGUCUGCUUAUGGAACAGCAUAUGCAGCGUUUGGAGGGGGUGAAAGGGGAAAGGAGGCCUGUCAUGCUAUUGCCUCAUUGUGUGAAGUUUGCUCCAUAGAUUCGUUAAUCUCAAAUUUUAUUCUUCCAUUACAGGGAAGUAAUGUAUCAGGCAAAGAUGGUCGAGUCCAUUGCUCCCUGAAUAUCAAUACAGAAACUGGCCGCUUAUCAGCUAGGAGGCCAAACUUGCAGAACCAACCUGCGUUGGAGAAGGAUCGGUACAAGAUUCGUAAGGCCUUUGUAGCAGCACCUGGAAAUUCACUUAUUGUGGCUGACUAUGGGCAGCUGGAACUUAGAAUUCUGGCACAUCUUGCUGGUUGUAAAAGCAUGAUGCAAGCUUUCAAAGCAGGUGGAGAUUUCCACUCGAGGACUGCCAUGAAUAUGUAUCCACAUAUUCGUAAAGCUGUGGAAAAUGGGGAAGUGCUCCUUGAGUGGCAUCCGCAACCUGGGCAAGACAAGCCACCAGUACCCUUGUUGAAGGACGCCUUUGCUUCUGAGAGAAGAAAGGCUAAGAUGCUCAACUUUUCAAUUGCCUAUGGGAAAACCGCAAUUGGGCUUUCUAGAGAUUGGAAGGUCUCAAGAGAAGAAGCUCAGGAGACGGUCAAUCUAUGGUACAAUGACAGACAAGAAGUAAGGAAAUGGCAAGAGUUGCGUAAGAAAGAAGCUAUCAAGGAUGGUUAUGUACUCACUCUCUUAGGAAGGGCUCGUAGAUUCCCAGCAUAUCAGUCUCGUGCACAGAAGAAUCAUAUCCAAAGAGCAGCCAUCAACACUCCAGUGCAGGGAAGUGCAGCUGAUGUUGCAAUGUGUGCAAUGCUGGAAAUAACGACAAAUCAACAAUUGAAGGAGCUUGGUUGGAAAUUACUUCUACAGAUUCACGAUGAAGUAAUCUUGGAAGGACCAAUGGAGUCAGCGGAAAUGGCCAAGGAUAUAGUUGUGGACUGCAUGGCUAAACCCUUUAACGGCAAGAAUAUACUCUCAGUAGAUUUAUCGGUUGAUGCGAAAUGUGCUCAGAACUGGUAUGCUGCUAAAUAAGCUUAAGAGGAACAAGACAACACUUCAAGGAAAAGGAAGAAAUAUUAUUUUUGGCUA